CUCUCUGCCUGUGUGUGUGUGUGUGUGUGUGUUUAACGUGACGUGUCUCUGCAUCACAGCAGCUGAGGAGAGAUACCAGCGAGCAGCGAACGCAGAGCUCCAUCUCCAUCUCUGCACCAGUUGUCUCUGAGUUGAAGAUGAAGGGGCUGCAGUGGCUCAAACUCCCCGGAGCGUAAGGACUCUUCCUGGGCUCCUUCAGCCUCUGAUCAUCAGUCUGCAGCGUCUGUCUGUCUGUCAGCUGGAAACAUGGACGGCCUGCGGCUGCCACCCGUCAUCGAGGAAGUCCUGGAUUCGUCCGGUCAGUACGAGCUGUGCGAGCUGAAGCUGCAGAAGCCGAUCACGUUGGCAGAAACUCUGCCGGCCAAAGAGACGGAGUCCCCGGAGAAAGAGGAAGAGAGGGAGGAAGAGGAAGAGAGGGAGGAAGAGUAUCUGAGAGCUCAGGUGUUGCAGCUAUUGCUGCAGCUGGACGAGACCAGAGAGGUUUCCCAGAGACACGAAGACAGUUUCCUGGAGAUGCAAGGUCUGUUGGAGGACGAGCGGCUGGCGAGCGCUCAUCAGGCCGAGAGCUUCACCAGACAGAUCCAGAAACUGCAAGCGGCCCUGCGGUCGCUGCAGGAGGAGAUGGACGGUCUGGAGGAGGAGAAGGAGAGCGAGCUGCAGGAGGUGAGCGAGGACCUGCGUGCGGCCCAGGAGGAGGUGCUGCUGCUGCAGGCCGAGGCUGAGGAUGCGGCGGCCGAGCGGGAGAACGACAUCGCCUCUCUGCAGGAGGAGCUGUGUCGGCUGCGGGCCGAGCUGCAGAGGCUGCACGCCGCGGCGCCGCAGUACGAGCUGGAGAUCAGCGCGCUGAGAGCCGAGAUCGGCGAGAAGACACACGACACAGACACAGAUGAACGCAGCGACAACACAGAUCUGAAGCAGCAACGAGACACGUGUGAUGACGUGUACCUGGCGGUCACUGACACCGAGCGCGAGCAGGUGAAGGCGGACUCUUACAUCACUCUGUCUCGGUCCGGAGACGGGGAGCACCCGGGCCGACCCGCGGAGGACCCAGACUCCACGCCGGUCUGCAGCUCGGAGGUCAGCGUACUGAAGGUCCAACUGAGACGAGCCGAGGAGACGGCUCACAAAGUCCAGACUGAGUGUGACGGGUUGAAGGGCGAGCUGGGCGACCUGCAGCAGCUGUACGACAGCAGCCAGCGGGAGCGAGAGGCGCUCCAACAGGAGCUGCAGCGCUGCAAGGCCGAGCUGCAGAAAAUGCAGGGCAGCAAGUCGCAGAACUGCACUGGUCCGUCUGAGCCCCCUGUUCUCUCCAUCCCCUUCAUAGGAAUGAUUGUUAUAGUGGCCUUGAUUUGGUGCUGGUUGGAGGAGCUGGUGCUGUAGAGGGGACCAGAGCGACACUGAAGGCUGGAAUCUGGCGGUGGCAGUUGUUGCCGUGGCAGCCAUUGUAGUUCUGGUCGUCCCCAGCUUCACCCGGGCCUGAGGACUACACAGGAAGUGACCUCACUCUGGGAUUGCCGUCACCCAUCCAGCUCAUACUGUACACGUCGCUGUCCUGAUGUCUGUUUGUCGCAUCACCGAGACGAUUUCACCCGAAGGCCACAGACGUCCGGGAGUGAAGGGAAAAGCAAUACCAAUUUUUAGACAAUAAAGCACGCAGUCGUCUGCAAAGACUCGAAGCUCUCCAUGCAGCCCGGCGCUGUGCAGAAGGUCAGUUGGUUGAUUUAUUGAUCAGCUGUGAGGUUUUCAAACCUCCACCGUCGUGAUCCAAGUGUCAAACUGGAAGUCGUCUUUCUGCUUUGCUUUUAAAAAAUGUUUGGCAACACGUUACUUGAAGGUAUCUACAUAAGAGUGACAUGACAUGACACUGUCAUGACACAUGAACCCUAACCCUAACUUAGUUUAUUGACAAAAACAGGAAUUCCUUAGAGCUGAAACUCCCGUACAUUAUGUUCCAAUUAAUUGAUUAAACAUUUGGUUUGUAAAAUCAAAAGUUCUUUCUAUUUAUAAAAAUAUCACACAGAGAAAAAUAGCAAAUGUUUUGUAUUUCAAUGAUCAGUUGAUUAUUUCUUGUUGGAAUCCUUCCAGCUCUUAAAUUCUUUGCCUUAUUGUUCCGUGCUAGUUGAGAUACCUGUACCAGAUGAAAUAAGAGUCUUUUAAAAGGCCUACAUUAACUCUGCUUUAGUCCUGCUUAAAGCUGUAUAUAAUCAUGUUAAUAUUGCUAUCACUUUUAUAAAUAGGGAUGCAACGAAUCCAGAUUUUUGGGGUUCAGCCGAAUACCGAAUCCACUGGUUCAGAUUCUGCUGACUCCUCCUCCCAUCCUCAGUCCAUGAACAUAAUAAACACAUAUAAUGAAGUAAACAGUGACUGUCCUUCCUUUGCCGUACCUGAAGUUGCUGCAUUCUGGCUGCUUUCUGGAGAUUCCUUCAUGCACAACUCGUAUUCUUUCGGAUGUUUCAAACCAUUUCAACCAAAAUGAUGUAACAGCGGCCAUGUUGUGUAUAGUCUAGGGUCCUCGCCACCACCAGACCAAUCAGCAUUGAACAGAUUGAACAUGUAGCUGGACUUGAAUGGUCUUCUUUUGACUGAAAGUACUACCAAACAA